AUGUCAUACCGCAUCUCUUCGGCUGACUCGCGAUAUCCUCCACGUGAUAGGUCACCGCCGCCGCCGCCGCCUCCUCGCAGCGACCGGCGCUCUUCUUAUGCGUCAAGCAGCCAGUAUAGUGCCGCCAGAGAUGCUCCCCCGAGAGGUCCACGCGCCUUGGAGAAUGGUUCGCGCGCUUCCGUUUCAGCUGCCAGCACUUCCAUCCCUUCUGGUCCACGAGGAAGAGGCUUCCCGCCACGCCCUGAACUUCGAGACGCUCCACCGCUAACCGACACACGAGACAGGAGAUGGAAUGAUCGGGAUCGCGAUCGGGACCGGGAUCGUGACCGUGACCGUGAUCGGGAUCGUGACUUUGACAGGCGUAGCGAGAGGAGACCCUCCCCACGAGCUCGUUCACCACAACGCGGUCCGAGAGACUUUCCACCCCGGGAACUCGAUGUGAGAGGUGCACAGCGGGCCGCCAGAGACGGUCCCCCAUCUGCCGGCUCAAACUAUUCCGAUCCACCCCAGCAGUCCAGUGGUUAUGGCCGAGGGGGCUUCAGAGGUUCGCUCAGAGGCGCUGCUGGAGGAGCUGGAGGAGCUGGAGGAGCUGGAGGAGCUGGAGGCCGUGGCGACUGGGAUUAUCAUGGCCGUGGUGGUAGAGGUCACUUCAGCGACGACCGGGACACUUAUCGCGCCCGGAGUCGCUCAAGGGGUCCUUGGCGCGAGAACAAUUCGGCUCGGGAUGAUCGUGACGUUGACCGAAGGGAUGACCGAAGAUUCGACAGACGUGACGACGAUCGAAGAAUAUAUCGAGACCGAGAAGAAAAGGAUGAUCGUUACAAGCCGCCGCCGCCGCCGCCGACCUCUUCCGCUCGGAUCGAAUCGUCGUCGUCGUCCUACAACAUAGACUCCCGCAACGCCCCUUCAGGUUCCGCUAGCCCUCACGUCCUCCAUGUCAGCAAACCGCUAUCUGCUGGGACCGAUUCCGCUGCCCCACGUGACUUUCCACCUCCCCCUUCUACCACUAGGCGCUCCUCCCUAGCCGAGCUCUCGACCGCCAAGGAAGCACGACGCGAAGACCACAACAACAGCAACAACAGCAACAAUAAUAACAAUAACAACAAGUCUGACCUUCCGCCAGGCCGAACGGAGCUGCUGCCUCGUGAUCGUUUUACCGGCCGGUCCUCGCCGCCACCUCAAGCCCCCUCAGUCCCUGCCUUUGGCUCUAUCCUCCCAGCUGCGCCGCCGCCGCCGCCUCCAGCUCGAGCGCCAAAUCCAUUCACUGCUGCCGGCCCUACUUCGAAUGUAUGGAGAGCAUCACACCUUGACAAGAACAAUCCGGCCAAUGCUGCUGGCCCUACUGCGCAGCAGCAGCAGAAGAAGAAUCCUACUACUAUCAAGCCUGUACCCCCAACCGCGCCGAAAGCAUUGUCGACUGCCCCUCCUCCUCCUCCUCCUCCUCCUCCCCCCGCUCCUCCAACAGGGCCCAAAGCCGCAAGGCCUGCUGCUACUACUGCUGCUGCUGAUGUUCGAGAUAGAGAGGCGCCGCCGCCGCCGCCGUCGUCGCUACCUUCAAAUGACGACCACGUCAAGCGUGAGCCUCCUGCUGCCAGGCUAUCCCCCGGUGAGAUUGUCUCCACGCCUCAGCCGUUGGAUACCAGAGACAGAGACACCCCCUUUCAGCCACCACCACCACCACCGUCGUCGGCGUCUCCAGCACCUGCACCUGCACCGGCACCGGCACCAGCAUCACCUCUUCCCGCUCCAAGGUCCCGCGUUCCGUCUCGCGUCCCGUCCCUGGUGCCACAAGCAGCUCCCCCCACAGGACCAAGUGCGAUUAGCAAUGCGCCGUCACGACCAGCUUCGCUCACAGAUGUGACAACUACAGCAACGGCAACGGCAACGGCAACAACAACAACAGCAGCAGCAGCAGCCAGUAUUCCGUCUGGACCAAGAAACUCUUGGCCGAUAACCUCGCCCAAGUCCAUCAGCGCAGUCAUACCCACCGGCCCCCGAGCCGAACGAGAAAGACUAGGUCCCAGCAACCCUUUGCGACAGCCAGUGCACGCCAGUCCUCCAUUCACAUCUCCACGCGGUCCAGCUGUCCUCCCCCAACCUGCGAUAAAGAGCCGUCAAUGGAUCCGUCCGGGUGCGCCUACCGCACCUGCGGCCCACAGAGCUGGUGUGGUAAUACCGGCAAAACGCGACUCGGACGGCGAAGAAAAGGAGCGUACCCCUUUGGCGGCGUCCUUGAAGCUGGAGACAAAUCUCAAGCAUCCAGCCAUCCUCACAGCUACCACCCACUCGUCAUCACACGUGCAUGUAAAACCCGAGCCCAAGGGUGAGACGUCUGAAGACCACGUCAUGGCUGAUGUGUCUCCCUCCCCGAUCGAUCAACCACCACCACUCCCCUUGUCAGCUAAUCCCUCGGCACCAGAAGGCGGUGACGAUCUCAGCGAUGACGAGGACGGCUUGGAUUUGGACGAGGCAGAUUUCGAGGCUGCAGAAAAGGCCUUUUUGGAGGGUAAAGCACGGCUAGAGUCCCAGAAGCACGACUUGAGCGACCCGUCCUUGCGCGCUGCCGCAGUCCUCGAUGAACUUGUACGCAUCGCACGCAUCUCCAUGGAUGAUGUCAACUACGUGAGGUCUCUGCUGCAGCAGCAGCAGCAGCAGCAGCAGCACAAAGACGAGCGUGCCACGCCGCCGGAAGAAGCAGCCGCCGCUGUCGUCGUCAACAAGAUGCUCACAACAUCCCUCCAACCGGACAUGAUGACGCCAAAGGAAGAGCAUAAUGGUGACGAAAUCAUGCACGAUGUCGAUGACAGCACCACGACCCAUCAUCACAGGGACCCGUCUACCGACCGGGAGCCUACGCCUGACCUCAGUUCACUGCCCUUCCUCAUCAAAGCACCCCCAACUCCGCUUUCGGACCCUGGGCACGAGCUACCGGUCAAGGAGGAAAUGUCGGCGGAUACGCUCCAGAAGAUCAAGGCCUUGCUCCGCUCCAGGUUCGACGCGACGCACGACGAGAUGGACUCGAAACGCGAGCUCUUCUACGAGCUAUACUGCCAAUGGCGUAAGCAUCUCGAGCACUACGAUGCCGUCCAUGGAGACGACGAGGAAGAUCAGCCGGCUGCUGCUACUGCUGCCACUGCCACUGCCGAUGAACCGCGUGCCGCCGUGACGCCUGAUCCGACUGGCCUACCAUCUGCCCUCCCCACCCCAGGCUUGGGCCGUGCCCGAGGCUUCAUCAGCCAGUAUCAGCUCGACCUCAUCAUGAAGGAGUCUGCCAAGGUCGAAGAGGAACGUCAAGCGAAGCAGGAACGCGAGGCAAAAAAGUCGAAACCCGACCUGGAAAAGGAAGCCGAGAUACCCGACCUGAUGGACGAGCUGACCCAACAGAGACGCCGCUACAAGGACUGGACGAGCCUACGCCACCCCUCCCAGGCGCUGAAGUGCUUCCACUUUGAUCCCCCGCGCGACGACUUUACCGAGGACGAGCACAAAUCACUCGUUGCUGCCUACCACCAGAAUCCGAAGAAGUGGGGCUUCAUUGCAUCUGCUGUCAAGAAUCGUAACUUUCGACAGUGCAUCUGUCACUACUACAACACCAAGUGGGGAGGAGAAUUCAAGCCAAAGGUUGGGAAGAGAAAGGGUGGUGGUGGUGCCAGGUCCAGAGCUGCCAAGACGGGCGCCAGCCGGGGAAGAGCGCCACUCAACACUGAAGCAUUGGGCCGCCUCGAGAACGGAGGAGAGGAUGGAGGGUCGACGAUGGCUGUCACUGAAAAGGGGCGUCCCCGCCGAGCCGCUGCACCUCAAUUUGGCAUGGACAAUGACAGCGAAGCGAAUGCAACUCCCUCCACCACCACUGUGAGGAGCCGUGGUGGUGGUGGUGGCGGCGGAGGUAGUGGUGACUCGACCGUUGAACCAAGGGGGGGCACAAAGCGGACCAGGGGCACAAAAGAAAAAGGAACUCGGAAGGCAAGAAACAACGCUCUGGCCCCAGCACCUACCGCCAGUACCACCAGCACCACCACCACCGCCGCCGCCGCCGCCGCGACCACAGCAGCAACAGCGGCAGCAACCACAGCGACAACAUCGACAUCAACAACAUCAUCGCCUGUCAAGCAACCAAGGGACCGCUUCGAGAAGAUGCUUGGUGUGAAGCAGGAAGACUUGAUGCGCGCAGAAUCAUCGGAGCCGCUGGCCUUGUACGAGUCCACUCCGUCAACAUAUGGCCCACCAGAUGAUGUACAUCAGACCAUGGAAGAAGGCAUGGGUCAGAUUCCGUUCUCGAGUACUACUACUAUUACUACUCCUGGAAUACCCCCUCCACUACUUUCUACAGAUCGUCCGCGAUUACAGGCAGCAACUCCCACCACAAACACCACCACUACCAUCGCCGCCGCCGCCGCCGCCCCAACGACGCAGCGCCAGGGUCAUUCCAGCUAUUGGUCUGUACAGGAGACAGCAGACUUCCGCCGGAACGUGGCGUAUUUUGGCACAAACUUCUCUGCUAUCGCCCAGCACAUGGGUACCAAAACGAUGGUCAUGGUAAAUGAUACUUCUCAUUCUUCAAUCACAAGACUUCAGCAGCAAGCGCAACAAGUCCCGGACGGGCCCGCGGCCCCGCCGGACUUUGACGUUGCCGACAUGGCGAAGCAACAACCCUCGAACUAUAUAUUUUCUAACACCAUCGAACAGGUCAAGAACCAGUAUCUCCGAAGCGUCGAACAAGGUAGGGAUGAUGCUUUGCGCAGGGCGGCAGAAGAGGCCGACCAACGCAUCAAGAGCGGAGCAUCUCUGGGUCCUCCGCCUGUGCCCUCUGCAGUUGCACCUCGACGAAGGUAUGAUACUACCGCGCAGAUUGCUGCACCCCGAACGCUUGCACCGAACCCAGACGUCGACGCAGACACUCCGCCGGCGUCGUCGUCGUCGUCGGCUGCUGCUCCAACAACAACAACAACAACAACAACAACAACAACAACAACAUCAACAGCAACAACAGCAGCCAUUGUGCCCGCUCACUCGCCCCCUCAAGUCCAACAAUCCACAAACAGAUUCUCUAACCUCAGCAGCCAAAGCCCCUCUGGGCGUCUUCAACAAACCACCUCUGCUGGGCCGCAAGCUUCCCCUCCAAUGCGGCCGUUGACAGAUGCUCCACACUUGUCACCUCCUCUCCCGCCUCAGUCACAAUACCAAGCACGUUCCGGGCCACCCCCGAGGAUGGGAACGAAUUUUGAGUCGCCAAAGAGUCGACCUUUGGCUCAACCGGCGGCGGCGGCGGCAGCAUCAUCAUCAUCUUUAUCCUCUACUCAGCCGCCACCACCAGCACCACUACCACUACAUGCUAAUCAGCUUGCGCCGUCCGCUCAUGCUCAGUCGCCAUUCCGCCCGUCUCCUUAUUCUGGUGGCCGUGCCGAACAGCAGUCGAGACUUGGUCAUGGUUCGCAAAGUCAAGGAUCCCCACCAUUUCGACAUACAAGUCUACAGCCCUCGGAGACUGAAAGUGCGCCCAAGCAUCAAUCACAGCAGCACCCGCAACAACCACAACAGCAUCCACAAAAACAACAACAACCGCAACAGCAGCACCCGCAACCGCAACCGCAACAACAGCAGCAACAACAACAACAACACCAGCAGCAACAUCAACCGCAACAACAACAACAACAACAACAACAACAACAACAACAACAACAACACCACCACCACCACCACCAACAACAACAUCAACAUCAACAACAACACCAGCAGCCACAGUCACAACAACAACAACAACAUCUCCAACAAGCGCCGCAAGAUCGUCCUCCCCACACACGGACCUGGGGCGUCCAGGAUCGUCCUCUGUAUCAACAACCCCUUUCGUCUCGCCAGGCGGCGCCUCCUGUAAUGACGCUCGCUCGCUCUACCGGACCUCCAUCGAGCGAAGAACUACAGCCGAGGAGCGUCCCUGCGCAACACACGCCGCUGGCCCCGCUACAUCGACCACAUUCGAGUAUCGGACGAAUGGACGAUCACCCUUCUCAGGCACCACCAGCACAAGCAUCUGCACCUGUACCUGUACCAGCACCGGCACCGUCACAUUCACAUUCACGUUCAAUACUAGAGAGAAGUCAGCCGUCUUAUGGUGCAAGAGAAGAGCCCCGACCAUCGUCCAACCCGGCAGCAGCACCUGCCACUCGCUCAUCGCUACCACCACCCAAGCCCGCCGCCGAGACCACUCGAAAGAGCUCGAACCUUUUCUCGCUUCUGAACCCGGCACCGGAGAGUGAGGCGGCAAAGCAGCCUAGUACACGUGACGGCGAACACGCUGCCUCAACUUCGCGCGCUGCCCCGACUCCCAUCGGUCAAAGCCCCUCUGGCCCGCAGCAGGCUCGGUUGGCGGCCGUGGCGUAUGGAGAGCCAAUGCAGCAGUCCUAUUCGCGACAAAGCUACGGUGCGUCUUCACAAGUGCCAUCUCGCCCUCCGUCCCGCUCUGUUUUGGAUCAAGCCACUCGAGAGCCGCCCUCUCACGCUGUCCCUCCCACCAGGGAUGGCUGGACUCAGCGUGCGUAUCCUGGCGCUCAGCCAGCAACUCAUUCCCAGAACAAUUCACCAUUGUCUGCGCAUCCUGCCCCCUCGGCCCUUGGCGAAGCCCGUCUUCCCCCUUUUGGUGGAAUAAGCAACUCCAAUCAUCGCUCGCUUGCCUUGGGACAACAUGCCCACCCCGGUCAUUCUUCAACUCCGCCACCUCACUCUACUGCAUAUGCACAUGGUCGAUACCCAUCGUACAGUCAAGCUCAGCAGCAACAGCAACAGCAACAGCAACAGCAACAGCAACAGCAGCAGCAACAUCAACAGCCCCCACCAAGCCAGGCUCCAAGCCGUCUGCACACGCCUCCAGUCGGUGGAGCUCCUGUACUGCAUUCGAAUCCAUAUGCCAGCGUCCAACCACCGAGUACUGCACCCGCAGGUCCCAUCGUGCACGCGACCUCGCAACAGGCCUUGACCGAACGAUCCCAUGCCGCAAAUCAAAGCCUCGCUUAUCCGGGACAAGCUACCGAGACGAUGAUGCAACGCGGGUUGGGCAUCAGCGGCGGCGGCGACGACCACCACCACCACCUCGGUCGAGAGAAUCAAGAGUACGAACAGCGCGUACAACGUGGUCGAGAACUUGACUUGCAACGACAGAAACAAGAGCAUAUGCGCGAGCUCCACGAGCGAGACAUGCGUGAGAAGUACGCUCGAGAGCGCGAGACUGAGUACAAUGACAAGAAUGCACGAGACAGUCGAGCCUUGCAUGCGAAAUACUAUUCAAGGCAAGAGCGCGAGCGCCGCGAGCAUGAUCAGCAUCAGCAGCAGCAGCAGCAGCAGCAACAUCAGCAUCAGCAGCAUCAGCAACAGCAUCAGCAGCAACAGCAUCAGCAUCAGCAGCAGCAGCAGCAGCAGCAGCAGCAGCAGCAGCAGCAUUUCCAGCAGAUGCGCUACAGCCAACACACUCCAGUUAGCGUCUCACCCCAUGAUCAUCAUGCUCGCUUCGGGGCUCCACCUCCACCGCCACCACCACCGUCCUCGUCCUCAACAUCAAGUCGCACGCCUGCCGCCUACCCGCUGAGUGCAGCCUCAGAUGCAAGGGCACAGCAACAAGCGCCGCCAGGUCCGCAUGGCCAGGGACCUCCGCUCCGAGGAGGUGCGCUUGAUCCGCGUGACGGUGGUCAAGGCCAACAUGCGCAGCCUCUUCGACCGGAUCCGUUCCGGCCACAAAGCCGCACCGCUGGCGCGAGCUGGGAACGGCCAGACGAGAGAGACGCUCGCGUCAGGGAUCCACAUGCUGACUGGGAGCGCGAAAGGAGAAUAAGGGAAGAAUACGAACGCAGCAGGGGACAACACCAACCGCAAAGCCAAGCCCAACAGCCAGGCCAGUAUGCUGAUUAUGGGCGCGAUGGCAGGAGGCUGUGA